AUGGCAGCCUAUGGAGGAAUUCGCUUUUUGUUAGCUCGCAGUCUCAUAUUACUUAUCUUUUGUACACUCGCCACGGCAAAUGAAUUCCGCAGGCUCGGCGCGGCCGGUUCCGUUGACGCCAAUGAAGCACAACCUCCUACCGAAAUGAAACCCCACAUCCCAGAAACGUCCUCAGAUGCCGCCCUGUACUCCAUAAUAGCUGCUUCUGAGGAUGAAGAACAAUAUGAUACACAACAGAACUACCCUCCAGGCUGUUUCAUCAACGGUCAAAACCGCUGCCGAGAUGCGCCUAUAACUGGCGUGCGGGAUUACUUACGGUCCUUGGCCGUGAGGCUCUCAGCUGUUAGCAGCGUUGGGAUUGAUUACAAUGACCGCCAAUUAGUGGACGCACUCGAUAGAUUGGGGUGUAUGAAUGUGGCAGUGAUAGAUCUGGACGAGGUGCAAGUCACUGUGGGUUUGGUACGCCAAAUGAUGCUGUCCCGCGUGCGCAUAGACAAGCAGCAGCUUCAAGAUUUCAGCAGCAAGUGCAACAAUCAGCUGCUGCCGCUGUCAUUCCAUCAGCAUGAACGCGCAGUAGACUUGAUGAGUAGAGGCCACCUCAACAUCGAUAAGUCAUGCGAGGCAGAGAGGACUGGAGGCCAUCACGACCCAGGCUUCGCUUGCGGGCCCACAGGGGCCUCCGCCUGCAAGAAUUUGAACAUCCCCGGUUCUUCAGCCCUAGAGGGUACUUCCCACUUUACGGGGCAGUACAACUGCAACCCUUCAAUCUACGCCCACAGGCCCUUCGCUUGCCACGCUGGUGACCUUAGUGGCAAGUUGGGGAGUGGGACAAAUGUGUCCACUGACUCCAACAGGCCGGACCUUCGCCUUAUUGCCUUUGACAGCCACGCUGACAAUUCUUGUGUCGCCUCCGAAAAAAAGCAGUCCCUAGUUCUUCAUUGCCAGUCAACAAACUAUAGAAUAGCCUGUGCGCCGUUCCAGCGAGUGGAAACAGCGGGGAGACGCAUGGUGACUUUGUUACGGGAGGUGAUAAAAGCCGCCGUGUUGGCGAUCCCCCAUUCUACUGAGCAUAGGUCCGUGUUCGCGUCGCUGGUGCUUCUUAACGAGCUGGAGAAGAGAAUUGCCAUACUAGAAAAGGCAGCGAACAUCAGAAGGCCCCAUCAAGGGGGCAACCCCUUCCCGCCCGCAGAUACAGACGCAAGUGAACAUCUCGCGCGAAUGGUCGACUAG